AUGGCUGCUGUGCCUGAAGAGAACAUACCCACCUUCAAGCUCGUCCUUGUCGGUGACGGUGGUACUGGAAAGACCACCUUCGUUAAGCGUCAUCUUACUGGCGAAUUCGAGAAGAAAUACAUUGCCACUCUCGGUGUCGAAGUUCACCCACUGAAGUUCCAGACCAACUUGGGUCCGAUUAAGUUUGAUGUCUGGGAUACUGCCGGUCAAGAAAAGUUUGGUGGACUCCGAGAUGGAUACUACAUCAACGGCCAGUGCGGUAUCAUCAUGUUUGAUGUCACUUCCCGUAUCACCUACAAGAACGUCCCAUCCUGGCACCGUGACCUUGUCCGUGUCUGUGAGAAUGUCCCAAUUGUCCUCUGUGGAAACAAGGUCGAUGUCAAGGAACGUAAGGUAAAGGCCAAGACCAUCACUUUCCACCGCAAGAAGAACCUUCAGUACUACGACAUCUCCGCCAAAUCCAACUACAACUUCGAGAAGCCAUUCUUGUGGUUGGCCAGAAAACUUGUUGGAAACCAGGGUUUGGAAUUCGCCGCCGGCAUUGCUCUUGCUCCUCCAGAGGUCAACGUUGACCUCGCUGAGCUCCAGAAACAGGAACAGGAAAUGAAGGAGGCUGCCAGCAUGCCUCUGCCAGACGAGGAGGAUGCCGAUCUGUAA